CGCCGCGCGCCUCCCAUGGCGGCCGUACAGCGUCUCCUCCGCGCGGCGGCCUCGUCGUCCUCCGGCGGCGCCGCGGCUGCCGCGGCCACGAGGCGCAUGACGGGGUUCGCGGGGUCGGAGAGCAGGGGGCGGCGGCCGGCGCAGGACAGGAACGUGCAGUGGGUCUUCCUCGGAUGCCCCGGCGUCGGCAAGGGCACCUACGCCAGCCGCCUCUCGCGCCUCCUCGGCGUGCCACACAUCGCCACAGGCGACCUCGUACGCGACGAGCUCGCAUCCACCGGACCGCUCGCUGCGCAGCUUAAGGAAAUUGUGAACCAAGGAAAGUUGGUUUCUGAUGAAAUUAUCAUCAACCUUUUGUCUAAACGGCUUAAGAAAGGAGAAGAGAAGGGUGAAUCAGGAUUUAUUCUUGAUGGCUUUCCACGCACCGUAAAUCAAGCGGAAAUUCUUGACGGAGUUACAGACAUUGAUAUGGUGGUUAAUCUGAAGCUGAGAGAAGAUAUCAUUGUACAGAAGUGCCUUGGCAGACGCAUUUGUGGCCAAUGUGGUAAGAACUUCAAUCUUGCCUGCAUUGACGUGAAGGCUGAAAAUGGGCUGCCACCUAUCUACAUGUCUCCAUUGUUACCCCCCAAGAACUGCAUGUCGAAGCUUAAAACGCGAGAUGAUGAUACUGACGAGGUUGUGAGAAAUCGGCUACGGAUAUAUAAUGAAAUGAGUCAGCCUGUGGAGGAUUUCUACCAGAAGCAGGGAAAGGUUUUGGAGUUCGAUUUACCUGGGGGAAUCCCAGAAUCCUGGCCAAAGCUGCUCCAGGUUCUAAAUCUGGAGGACCAAGAAGAGCUGAAGCUGGCCACCGCAUAAGUCCUGUGGGGCGGAACACCUUACAUAGUCCAAAGCAUACCUUACAUUUUUUGCCUCAAUAAUGGAAAGAAGAUAAAACUCUUAUUCCAUAGAUGUGUGUGUGUGGCUUUGUGGCAGUAAUUUUGACCAAUAGUGAGCUAUUUAUUCUUGCCGGUGUUUUGAAGUAGCCGGUGGUCGGUAACGAUCAUAUUGAAAUUUUGAUCUUAAGCAGCAUUUCUUGUUGCGCGGUUUGUAGUGCAUCAUCAGCAAUCUGGACAGGAUGUAAUGUUUUGUUCAAGAUGAAGACUGAUCGAUUUUUACUA